AAAGGCUAGGCGUUGUCCCAAAGCCCGCUUCUGCUUUAGGACUUUGUUAGUGUGAAGCUGCUAGUUUUGUAGAAUAAAAACAAUGGCUCAUCACACGCAACUGUGCAUUGUGCUUUUUGGAACAUGUCUUUUCUCUAUUCUCCUGCUCCUCGAGUGUAGAAAGCUGAAAGGUUACGAGUUCCCGGUGUAUUCAGCAAAAGAAUGCCCUGGAAAUCAAGCAGAGUGGAAAAACAGGUCCUCUGCUAUCAACUGCACGGAGAGUAAUGGAUACAUGUGUCUACCAAACGAAAACUUAACAGACUUGUUAGAAUUUUGUUACAUAUAUCCACGAAUACUGGUUAAAGAAGGUCUCUGUUUAUACUUGGCCAAACGCGUCUCUAGAGUAAACUCAUAUAACUGCCGCAAAUUUACACAUGGAUGCCCUGAAUUGAAUUAUUUCUCCUCUGAAACUUAUGUUCAUCCGAGUUGUAUGGAAAUUGAAAAUGGGUGUUUCUCUGCUGAACCUAGUUGCAAAAGACAGCCUUUACAGCGCAAAACUUCAAUCGACGAUACGACACUUGCAAUCAUUUUGGGAGUAUAUAUUCCCGCAUGCAUUCUAUGUAUUUUGGUAUUCUACGUGGUCAGAAAAAAAUUCGGUAUCUGCAAAAAAAGAAGGGAUACAGUUAGAGAUGACGAGGAAACGCAAUUACUACUUUGUGGAUAUGAACAGCGUGAACCAACGGACAAUUACAUAGAAUAUCCUAUUGAAGAAGUCAUAUUCGACCAAUGGGAACACGAGGACAUUAAUUUUAUUUCAACAAAGGCGUGUAAAGAAGUAGAAAAAUUAAUUAAAAGCAGGAACCUGGUUAUUGUUGCUGGUCAUUCAGGAUCCGGAAAGUCAGCCAUCCUUCAACAUAUCACGCUCCAAUACAGAAAACGGGGCUGGACUAUAAGACGAGUAAAAAAAGUAGAAGACAUCGUAAAUGAAUAUAAUUCAAGUCGAUUUCAAAAACAAGAAGAUAAAACCAUUUGUAUUUUUAAUGAUCCAUUGGGAAAAGAAUCUUUUGAUGAAAUAUAUAAUGAUUCAUGGGAAAGAUAUGAGGCAGAUUUAAAGUUCUUCCUAAAAACAGCAAAAAUUCUCAUGACAUGUAGAAAUUAUAUCAUAUCUGAUUCCAGAGUGGCGCGUUAUCUCAUUAAUCAAUCAGCUAUUGUAGACAUCGAUAAUGAGAAAUACAAAUUGUCUGUUGAUGAAAAACGUCAUAUUUUGACAAAAUAUACAUUAAAUAUGAAUUUAUCCGACGAGGAUUGUAAUGCGAUCGUCGAAGUAGAAAGGUAUUUCCCGUUAUUAUGUAAUUUAUAUUCUAGCAAAGAAGAAUACAUUUCUAAAGGGAUACGAUUUUUUACUGAACCCGCAACAGUGAUGAAAGAGGAAAUAAUAGGGUUCAAAGAAAAAGACAAGGGUAAAUAUUUUGCGUUGGCUCUCCUUGUUCUUUUUAACGAUGAUCUUUGCGCAAGUGAUCUUUUAAAAGAUAAAGACACGGACAACAAAUUCAAACACACGUUAAAACUUUGUGGAUUACCAGAGAGCACACCGAUUAAAGCUAUUAGGAACAAUCUUGAUUCCCUAAAGAACUGUUUUGUCAAGUUGAUUGGCGACAGGUAUCAUUUUUAUCACGAUUUGGUGAUGGAAGUUACCACUUAUAUGUUUGGGACAAAUUAUCCAACAGAAACAAUAAAAUACACUGACAUUGGCUUCCUCAGAAAAAGAGUACAAUUAGGAGACUGUAAAAAAGACAGCGACCCGUUCACUAUCUAUCUAAGUGACAUUUACAUAGAGAUACUUGCAGAAAGGCUUUUUACUGAACUGUUUGGAAAUCGCUUAAUUGAUGUUGUUCUCAAUCAUUGUCUAAAGAAUAUAAAAGUAAUUGGAACGUUGAAAAAAAUAAUCCAAAAGCAUCCACAAAAACUGCCGAUGCUACUUAAAAAGAAAAAUCUAAAAUUAAAAAAACACAUUCACCACAUAGCAAAACAAAUACAUAUAACGAAACUCGCUUUUCUGGGUUUGGAAAAUGACCUAUCACCACUAUUUGUACUGAUCGUUUUUAGUCAUACGGAUUUAUCACAUACAUGCUUAGAUACUCUGCAACAAAUGCAUACUAAUCUUCGUUCCUUGCUUCCUGCAGUGUAUUGUAAUGGAUCAAUGGAAUUGUUUCGUAUAAUUUCUAAAGAUUGUGAUGAAAAGUCGUUAACAAAAGAUUGGGGGGGACUCUCCCCUAUUCAUAUUGUAAGCGUAUUCCAUAAUUAUGAAAUGCUUCAAGAAUUAAUUAGGGUCGGUGUCGAUGUAAAUUCGUUAAGUCGAACCGGUGAUCACUGGACCCCCUUACAAUUAGCAGCUGGUAAUGAUACCCAAGAAUACGGAGACGAAAACCAUGGAGAACAAAAUGAAGCACAAAGAUACAAAACUGUAGGACUAUUACUCAAUAAUGGAGCAGAUAUUAAUUUAUGUACGGAGGACGGGGUCAGUCCUCUCCAUAUAGCUUGUCAAUAUGGACAUGAAACCAUUGUUAAAAUGUUACUAGACUAUAAAGCAGACAUCAAUGAACAAACGGAAGAUGGAGCGAGUCCUUUAAUACUAGCUUGUGAAAAUGGGCAUUUUAUCACGGUAUCAUGUUUACUGAUUAAUUGGGCACGCAUUAAUUUAUGUAAAAAAGAUGGAACAAGUCCUCUCUACACAGCUUGUGUAUACGGACAUGAUAAAAUUGUACAACUGUUACUCAGCUUCGACGCAGAUAUUAAUUUAUGUAAAAAUGACGAUGGAACCAACCCUCUCUUUAUAGCUUGUCAACAUGGACAUGAUAGCACAGUACAACUCUUACUGAGUAAUCGAGCAGACAUUAAUUUAUGUAUAAAAGAUGGAGCCAGUCCUCUCUAUAUAGCUUGUCAAAACGGACAUGAUAAUACAGUACAAAUUUUACUGCAUAAUGGGGCAGAUAUUAACUUAUGUAUGGAUGACGGAGCCAGUCCUCUCCUUAUAGCUUGUCAAAACGAACAUGAUAAUACAGUACAAAUUUUACUGAGUAAUGGGGCAGAUAUUAAUGCAUGUAUGAAAGACGGAGCCAGUCCUCUCUUUAUAGCUUGUCAAUGGGAACAUGAUAGCACAGUGCAACUUUUACUGAGAAAUGGAGCAGACAUUAAUUUAUGUAUGAAGAACGGAGCCAGUCCUCUCAUUAUAGCUUGUCUCAACGGCCAUGAUUAUACAGUACAAAUUUUACUGCAUAAUUGGGCAGAUAUUAAUUUAUGUAUGGAAGAUGGAGCAAGUCCUCUCUUUAUAGCUUGUCGCAACGGACAUGAUAAAAUUUUACAAAUUUUACUGAGUAAUGGGGCAGAUAUCAAUGCAUGUAGGAAGGACGGAGCCAGUCCUCUCAUUAUAGCUUGUCGCAAAGGCCAUGAUAAUACAGUACAAAUUUUACUGCAUAAUGGGGCAGAUAUUAAUUUAUGUAUGGAAGAUGGAGCAAGUCCUCUCUUUAUAGCUUGUGAUAACGGACAUGAUAAAAUUGUACAAAUUUUACUGAGUAAUGGGGCAGAUAUCAAUGCAUGUAUGAAGAACGGAGCCAGUCCUCUCUAUAUAGCUUGUCAAUGGAGACAUGAUAGCACAGUGCAACUUUUACUGAGAAAUGGAGCAGACAUUAAUUCAUGUAUGAAGGACGGAGCAAGUCCUCUCAUUAUAGCUUCUCUCAACAGACAUGAUAAUACAGUACAAAUUUUACUGCAUAAUGGGGCAGAUAUUAAUUUAUGUAUGAAUGACGGAGCCAGUCCUCUCCUUAUAGCUUGUCGCAACGGCCGUGAUAAUACAGUACAAAGUUUACUGCAUAAUGGGGCAGAUAUUAAUUUAUGUAUGGAAGAUGGAGCAAGUCCUCUCUUUAUAGCUUGUGAUAACGGACAUGAUAAAAUUGUACAAAUUUUACUGAGUAAUGGGGCAGAUAUUAAUGCAUGUAUGAAAGACGGAGCCAGUCCUCUCUAUAUAGCUUGUCAAUGGAAACAUGAUAGCACAGUGCAACUUUUACUGAUAAAUGGAGCAGACAUUAAUUUAUGUAUGAAGAACGGAGCCAGUCCUCUCAUUACAGGUUGUCGCAACGGCCAUGAUUAUACAGUACAAAUUUUACUGCAUAAUGGGGCAGAUAUUAAUUUAUGUAUGAAUGACGGAGCCAGUCCUCUCCUUAUAGCUUGUCGCAACGGCCGUGAUAAUACAGUACAAAGUUUACUGCAUAAUGGGGCAGAUAUUAAUUUAUGUAUGGAAGAUGGAGCAAGUCCUCUCUUUAUAGCUUGUGAUAACGGACAUGAUAAAAUUGUACAAAUUUUACUGAGUAAUGGGGCAGAUAUCAAUGCAUGUAUGAAAGACGGAGCCAGUCCUCUCUUUAAAGCUUGUGAUAACGGACAUGAUAAAAUUGUACAAAUUUUACUGAGAAAUGGGGCAGAUAUCAAUGCAUGUAUGAAGAACGGAGCCAGUCCUCUCUAUAUAGCUUGUCAAUGGAGACAUGAUAGCACAGUGCAACUUUUACUGAGUAAUGGGGCAGAUAUCAAUGCAUGUAUGAAGAACGGAGCCAGUCCUCUCUAUAUAGCUUGUCGCAUCGGCCAUGACAAUACAGUACAAAUUUUACUGCAUAAUGGGGCAGAUAUUAAUUUAUGUAUGAAUGACGGAGCCAGUCCUCUCUUUAUAGCUUGUCGCAACGGCCGUGAUAAUACAGUACAAAGUUUACUGCAUAAUGGGGCAGAUAUUAAUUUAUGUAUGGAAGAUGGAGCAAGUCCUCUCUUUAUAGCUUGUGAUAACGGACAUGAUAAAAUUGUACAAAUUUUACUGAGUAAUGGGGCAGAUAUCAAUGCAUGUAUGAAAGACGGAGCCAGUCCUCUCUAUAUAGCUUGUCAAUGGAAACAUGAUAGCACAGUGCAACUUUUACUGAGAAAUGGAGCAGACAUUAAUUUAUGUAUGAAGAACGGAGCCAGUCCUCUCAUUACAGGUUGUCGCAACGGCCAUGAUUAUACAGUACAAAUUUUACUGCAUAAUGGGGCAGAUAUUAAUUUAUGUAUGGAAGAUGGAGCAAGUCCUCUCUAUAUAGCUUGUGAUAACAAACAUGAUAAAAUUGUACAAAUUUUACUGAGUAAUGGGGCAGAUAUCAAUGCAUGUAGGAAGGAUGGAGCCAGUCCUCUCAUUAUAGCUUGUCGCAACGGCCAAGAUAAUACAGUACAAAUUUUACUGCAUAAUGGGGCAGAUAUUAAUUUAUGUAUGGAAGAUGGAGCAAGUCCUCUCUUUAUAGCUUGUCAAAACGAACAUGAUAAAAUUGUACAAAUUUUACUGAGUAAUGGGGCAGAUAUCAAUGCAUGUAUGAAAGACGGAGCCAGUCCUCUCUAUAUAGCUUGUCAAUGGGGACAUGAUAGCACAGUGCAACUUUUACUGAGAAAUGGAGCAGACAUUAAUUUAUGUAUGAAAGACGGAGCCAGUCCUCUCAUUAUAGCUUGUCGCAACGGACAUGAUAAUACAGUACAAAUUUUACUGGGUAAUGGGGCAGAUAUAAAUUUAUGCAAUAUAAACGGAGCCACUCCUCUCUAUAAGGCUUGUGAAAACGGACAUAAUAGCAUCGUGCAACUUUUACUGAGUAAUGGAGCAGAAAAAGGUUUAUGUUUGAAAGACGGGAUAAGCCCUUUCUAUGUUGCUUUUCACUUAAGACAUUACAAAAUUGUUAAUAUUUUGAUUGAAAAUGGGGUCGAGACUAGUUUUUUUUGUGGAUUUGAAGUCAAACAUGAUUUGAAAGACUGCCCUAAUGAAAAUAAGGACAUCGUUGAAUUUUUAUUGGAAAAAGACAACAUCUUAGAUAACAUGUAUGACCCGAAUUCGUUUUUUUCUCUUUUUGUAUCAAGUCAAGUAGAAAGAGUGACAAGACUGAAAUUUGAGAAGUGAGUCUAAAUGUUAUAGAUUUUCCCGAUCAUUUUACAUAUAUAUUAGUUGUUAAGCUAUGGCAAUAUUGAAUAUUUUUGAGACAAAAAUCCCGGUAUAUAGCCAUUGAACGAGAUCAAAAUGUGGUUCAAGAUGACGGAUGACGGUCCAUACUCUUCGCCAUUUUUAAUCUCACGCCAAAAUCUCUUUUUAAAUGAUCUGUUCAUAUCUGAUUGAAAUCCCAGCACUUGAAAAUAGAUCUCAAAAAUAUUGUUUUAAAUAUUUGGCAAUGUUCUGUAAAUAUAGAGCAAGUCAAUUAAAUCUGUUUUCUUUUCAUAAUAUAAACAAAGCAUGCUGCCUUAAGUGCAUGUAUUGAAAAAAAUAAAAAACGGAUCAAACCGUGCACGCUUCAAAUGAAUCUUUUGACGCAAAUUGAUUGCGGAAAUGUAUUAUUGGCUUCGCCCUCCAAACGGUAACACCGAACAACUUCAAACGCUCAAAAGCAAGUAGUAACAUAUGAAAGUUCCUCAACAAAUUUGCUUUAAAACUUCAAAAAAGACAAAUUAAUGUUUUAUCGCAAAGAUUAUAGCCGAAAUGAUCGUCGACUGCAUUUGUUACUUAUUUUUGUUGAUUGAAUGUAUAUAAUAUCACAUUUCUAUAACAACUGGAAACAUUGUUCAUUGUUUCAACAUGUUUAAAAUGUAUUUGAGUUGCUAAAUAUCAUUGUUUUACUUCAUAAUGCAUUCUAUUCAUACUGUAUGUUUUGUAUAUUUGUUCUAUAAAAUUUCGAGUAGCGGUUAUUCAUGUACAAUUCUAAGUAUAAAGAGUCGGGUUGCGCAGCCUUACGUUGACGUAAGGCUUACGUAACGUCAGACAUAAACGUUAGGGAAUAAAAGUUGAAACAGCUUUGGAUUAGGUUAAUUGAAGAAUAGGCGCUACCAGAUUUUUUACAUUUGAUCAGCUGUUUCAAAAUAUAUAUGUUUACUCUGUAUGUAGCCAUUUCCAAUCUAUCCAUAGUGUCAAGGUAAAUAAACUUUGUUUAUUUUAAUGAAAAAUUCUAUUUACAGAAAUAUUUUUGAACUUGAUCUAAAUCUUGAGG